AUGUCAAGGCGCGGAGGAGCAGCUUGGCAGAGAGCACCUGUCCACAGUUAUGUGACCCCUCGCACGUACGCACAGAUGGUACACGACACAAAUAAUUCAUCCUCGCCACCAAUUAUAUCUCAGCCACCCCCGCUUGCCGUUUUAGGACGACCAACAACGGCGUUACCUCCUGUAUCUGUUCAACAACCUGUACUAAUGGCCACCUUUUCCUACGACGAAAACAGAUCCUUAUGCUUUAAUAAUAGUGCGAAGCGCUGGUACAAAAUGCCACCAACAAGAGAGAACAGCGCACAGGGUGCUGAUCUGAAUGUGGGCUUUGAACGCUACCAAGAGAAACCGCACGUGCCAGAUCCGUUAGACUCUGUACUCUACACGAUUAUGCAUCAAAGUCGCGCCGGUAUAUCACAGGAAGAGGCUGUACAAGGCAAGCUAAGUGUACCUGCCGACAGCUUAGAGCACGAGAUGUUGCGUGCGCAGGUUGUCACUUGGCGAGGCAUUUUGACGAAGCUGUGUACUGCUUGGAGCUGCCAUGUAGAGGCUCCCACUAUGUUUCGAGAAGGGUUUGAGCUCAACGUGAUGAUGCUUGGUGAUACUCUAAUCAUGGAAGAGGUGCCCCCUACAAUAUUCCAGAGGCAGAACAUGCAAUCAGGCCGGCCUAAGUCGAGACGGUCUCAAUUAUCCUCGUACUAUGGCUACAGUUUUGAGUCUUAUUGUACGAAGUCACGCCCAGGUUAUGCUCAGACUUGCGGUCCUCCAGGCUGGAGUGGUGACGUGAACACAAACGUGCAAUGGGGGCAUAUCGUGAAGACUAAGCUGGGACAUACCCGCAUCAUAAUAGGUGGUGAAGUCGACUGUGUUGAGACGCUCGACGCGGGGACAGACCAUGAAAGAGAAGGCGUUGUCGAACUCAAAACAAAUCUACAAAUUCAGAGUGCAGAGGAUCAAAAUCGGCUAGAUGCCAAGAUGCUGAAGAUGUACAUGCAAUCUUUCUUGCUCGGUGUGCGUUCAAUCGUGAUUGGUUUCCGGGACCAACAAGGAACGCUGCUGUCGCACUCAAUGUAUCGCACUGCCGAUUUGCCACGCAUGGUGCGUGGCCAUACUGCUGAAUGGAAUGCCAACGACAACUUGGCGUUUGGUGCAGCCAUGAUCGACUUUAUCCGUCAUGUUGUUCGCGCUGAAACUGAGCGUUGGUUUUUCCACUUCGCCCAACGUGUUCGAAGAAACGAGCACAUGUUUGGUCCCUAUGCGUGGCGGGUGCACCGCUCAACCUCUGCAUUUCUGGCACAUUUACCACUGCCUGCACUCCAAGAUGCUGAGCAAGAAUACCCCGUGUUCCGUAUCAGGUUUGAACCGCCUUUCUCACAUGUGACGAUACGCUAUGUACCGCCAUCUGAAUUGGCCAUGGAUGGUCGCCGUCAAGCUCGUUGCGGACUCGUACCUUCCGACUUUUAUACAUGGGCCACCGAGCCUAUGGCGCAUUUGUUACGGGAUGAGAUAUGA